UGUGAGAUCUCGGUCGAAGUGAAGCGCCUGUGCUAGAGCCAUUUACGUAAGUUCUCCUUGCUUUGAGAAGCAUAACACCUUGCAGGAAGACGAAGAUGCUAAACAUAAAUAAAUCUACAAAGGAAGGGCUAUGGAAGGACUGAUUCCAGUGGUGGGGUGGAUGCCAUGCGUUGGCGAUCGCGUGGCCGAAUGGUUCCGCAGCGGCAUAGGCUCCAGACUGCUGAUGGUUGUGAGGGCAACGUUCUCUCACUUUGGGCUGGAGCUGGAUCAUCCCCCGGGUGCGUGGUUCUUUGAAGUCCUGCCCAACUCCACCGGCACUUCCACUGUCUCGGAGCUCAAGUGGAAGAUCUGGACCGUGGCCGUCGCACGCGUCCUUGGCGCUACCGUGCCAGAUGGCUUCUUGCACCUCUUCAUCGCGGCCGACUACUUCACGCGCCAUAGCCCACAUCAAGAGCAAUCUCGAAAUCCUCAUCCCCGCCCCGAGUGCUGCACAGGCCGCUGCACGUACGCCCUGAUCGAACUCCACCUUCUCGAGGAGGCCACUGAUCGGACGCCAUCGUCGUUCCCAUUGGUCAUCACAGAUGAACAUGUGUCAGCCAUCGUGUCGAUAUUGUUUCCUUGCACUCUCUCGCCCACUUGCGUUGCUGACGCCGCUCUCCUGUUCGAUGCGAGCGGCGAGGUUUGCGACGUCGUCUUCACCUGGCUGUUGCUCCAGCUCCAGAGCAACAAACAGCCGCUGGAAUGGCUGGACGCAUUCGAAGCACAAGCUAUAGCAGGUGACCGUGGCGGUGGCGGAGCUGGACCGCUGGAAAAUCUCUUGCUGCUGUUCCUGAGCAAACAAGCAGCGCUGAAGGAUGAAAAGUCCUCCCCGGCAUCCUUGGACGAGCUCAAACGGAUACGUUCCUGCAUCGAGAACGCGCCCAGGAUAGAGUGGAAGUCCAUGGACAUCACCGUCGCUCUACGCCAGAUGUUGGAGGAGGUGAUGGCAGCGGGAGAAAUCCAAUGGGACAACCAGAUGCGUGCCCGGCUCGAGCAGUGGAUCCAAGGCCACUACAACUUCCACCGCGUGGAGCCGCUCUUCCAGGAGUACGCAGACGUGAGCGUGCCGAUAGCGCGCCUGAUCUCUACAUGGAUGCGGACGAGGAAGGGACGCCGCGACCACGCCGAGCUCAAAUCCCUGUGCUCGGCAGCGACAUCAUCGGAGUCGAUUGUGGAGCACAUCCAGGUUACGAUGAGCCGGGGAAGCAGCGACGAGUGCCGCCAGCUUUGCGACGCGGCUGCCACCGUCUUUGGCAAUGACUACGGUAGCCUUUUCGUGGAGAUUUGCGCCAACGUGCAGUGGGAUCCAUGCCUGACCGCGUGCUCUCUAGAAGAAUUCGGGGCGAUCAAGCAGGCAGCCUGGGACGGACUCUUCCGGACUGCGAGCUCCGAAAACACGCUUCGAAGGCACCGUUUCGACGAUGACAGCCGCAACGAGGCCACAUGGAGACCUGGGAUUUCCGACAUGAUCCUCUACAUAGCUUACCUGAUCCUCGAGGACUGCUUGGGCGGCAGCGUUGACCGUGAGACGUGGAAACGAGACUGCGAGUCACUGCUGCAUACCAGGUGGGGGGGGCAGCGCGUGUCGCGCGGUGGGAAAGGGGUUUUUGUUGCGAUUAGCAACUCCACCAGAGGAAUCUGUGAGGCGUUUGCGGCGUGGAUCCAGUCUCCAAGCACGCAGAGGGACUUGGGAGCGAGCUCGGAUGAGAUAGGUCAUGCCAUAAGAGAGGCAGUCGUCUCGGCUGGUGGAGUGGAGUAUGACGAGGAGAGGCAGCAACUCUGGGCCAGGAUGCAAGAGUUGCUGGGUGUCACUGGCAACAUUUGGAUUUGCAUGCUUGCUCGUGCCUACGUGCAGCAUGAACACCACUUCGGUGCUUUCAAAAAUGCCGCAAAUUAUUCCGGUGAAGAUCUGCCCACAAUUGUCCGCAGGCGUUCAGGCGCAGAAAGUAUACCGAGGAUCGAAGUUUUCCACGGCCUCGGCAGCGCUUCCAGGAUUUGAGCUUUUGCUUUUGCUAGAGAAGCUUCCUUGCAAUUGAGAUUUCUUUCAAAGCCAGGCUAACGCAUCGGAAGAGAUUUGAGCUGGCAAAGUGGAACUUCGCUCAUAUGGACCGGUUUGUAGCUAAGGCAGAGAUAUCUGGGACUGUGGAAACGAACAUGGAACUUUCUAGCUGCUGAGAGUGAUUGGAUUCAUGUCGUGAAGGGCAUUGCGCAGGAAACUCUGCGUGAAAGCCAACAAGCGCAAACGGUCAAUGGCAAAUUUCUUCCUUU